UCAUUUUAUAGUAAAAUAUGUUGCUCAAGUGUCUUAGUGCUUAAAGCUUAAUUUAUGGAUAAUCUAAAAAACUAUGUUUAUGAGGAUGACUGGGAAAUAAAAGAAAAGUUUGCUUUGGCAUGCUGCGUGUCUAGAAAUGGUGAUCAAAAUUGGGCUUCAGUCAGCCGAACAAUGAAAGCCAUUGCAGAAGCUUGUGGAGAUAAUUAUAGGCCUUCAGAGUGGUAUGCCACAAAAAAUUUUGCUUCAAAGUACUAUGAACUGUUGAAUACUUCGUCAAUAUCCAAACGUAAAAUUCGUGGUGUUUCUUCGGACUCUUCUAACAUUGAAACACCUACUGAACAAGUACAACGAAAGUUAACAUUUGCUCGACUUGAAGAGUUAGAUAAACUAAUUAAGGGAGAAAAAGAGAGAUACAGUAAGUUGAAAAGAGACAUUGGCAAAAUUCAAAGUGGCAAGUUGGAUUCAAAACUACCUGAUAUUAUAAAAGCUAUAAAGAGUGGCAAACCCAUCGAAACAUUAAUAUUAGAUGAGCCAUCAGAGCAUGCUAAAUUACCAGUUAGUAGUCAAGCAAGUACAGUAACUGCACAGAGUGUGCCUUCCAGACCACAACGGGCACCAAAAGAAACAGAAAAGUUUAAAAAGUAUAUUGAGCAGCGGCAGAAGCAUAACGCCAAAUACCAAAACCAUUCAUCAUCAGGAUCAGGAUCUACAACCCCAACUGUUGAAACAACAGAAAAUGUUUUUAAUUCUUCUGUAUCAGAAGUUAUUUUGAUCAAACCAGUCACUGCUCAUGAGGAAUCUGUUACCAUACCUACUGAAGAGAAACAAGUAAUCGAAUCAAAAGUUAAUACGCAUAUUCAAAAAUCAGAUUUAGAAGAAAAGUUAACCCCAAAGCUUUCUACUAAACCAAUAAAAAAAGUUGAUCAGAAAGGAUCUUUAUUAACAAGUUUACUUGCUACAUCUGCCACAGAGAUCAAGGCUCAGGUCAACAAAAUGUCUGAUGUUCUAAAAGAACAAACUAAAGCUGUUCCCAAUAUACCAAAAGAAUCAUAUGAAGCAUAUAAGCAAGUACAAAAUGCCUCCUCCAUAGCACUUCAGCAAUCUGCUCCAAUGUUAUCAAAGCUUCUUGAGAAUAACAAUCCUAUAAAUCUGAGUUCACCACCUUUAAAAAAGAAGCGCAAAAACGCUUCUCCUAAAAAAGAAUUAAUCAGUGAACUGUUAACAAGUGCUACUUCUCAUCGCGCAGAUGAUACUAACUCUUCUUCUCAUCACACAGAUAACGCUAACUGUUCUUUAAAUGCAGAUGAUAAUUGCAAAAUAUCAACAGAAGAAAUUCAACAAGACUUAAAUAAGAAUGAAGAAAUUUUAUCAACUCCAAUCCCAAUUACUAAAGAUGUUUCUUCAGAUAUUAAAGAAGAACACAUUCAAGAAAGCACAAAUGUUGAAGUAUCUGAAUCAGUGUCAAAUGUAGAGCCUACUUUAAAUCAAGAGCAAUCGGUUAUUCUUACAAAAGAAGAAGAUCCAAUACCAAAUGAAAAUUCAAUCUCUGACAAAGUUAAUUCAAAUGAACCUUUAAUGAAGAUUGUUGAUGUUGAAGAUCUUAAAAAAGAGACAUCUAAUGAAGUUAUUAGUGAAAUGGAGUUUUGUGAGGAUGAUAAAAAAGUUGCUGAUGUUUUCACUCCAAAAACCCAAGAACAAGAGUCAUUGCUGGUACCUAGUAAUGCUGUUAAUAAUAUAGAUGAGAUUGAAUGCAUAAAAGCUGAACCAGAUCAAAAAAAAGCAAUUGCAGAAGCUUCGCCAAUUAAAGAUAUAAUUCAAAGCACCAAAGAAAUUACAGAAUUAUCUCCCAAAAUAAAGCUGACAGAAAAUGAACCUUGUUCUGGUGCUAUGGACAAUAUUGAACCAUCAUUCUCACCAAUGGAAUCUCAGUCACCCAAAAAUUCAGAUUCCCCUAAGCUGAAAAGGAAACCGAAAGGUCGUCCAGUGAGAUCCAAAAGAAAGAAGAACGUUGUCAGCAGAACUUUAAAAAUAGAUUUUAUUAAUGAACUUGAAUCAGAAGUAUCUGAACUUGACUCAAGCAUUGAGUUAAAGGAGCACGAUUUUUUAGAGGAAAAAAAGAUUAGAACACCAUUAACACCAUGUAGUUCUUCACCUGCCAGUCCUGCUCUUAGUGUUGGAAGCAAUUGUGAUAAUGAAUCAGCACAGCAACAAAGAGCUUGGCGUAAAAGCAUUAUGUUGGUUUGGAAAGCUGCUGCAAGUCACAAGUAUGCAAAUGUUUUUUUACAUCCUGUUACAGAUGAUGAAGCGCCUGGUUAUUCCUCCAUCAUUUACAAACCAAUGGAUUUGUCUACUAUAAAGAAAAACAUUGAAUCUGGGAUUAUUCAAACUACUACAGAGUUUCAACGUGAUGUAAUGUUGAUGUUUCAGAAUGCGCUCAUGUACAACAGAAAAGAACAUGAUGUUUACCGUAUGGCACGAGAAAUGAGAAAUGACGUGUUAGAGCAAAUACAGUCUUUCAUAUCUACCCAAUUAAUGGUGCAAAACACGGAACGAGAUUCCAAAGCACUGCGAAUGAAAGGAGAAAGUCAGAAAGUUAAAACAUUGCAAUGAUCUUUUUACGUAAAGUGACAGUUCAUCGACAGUAAACGUAAACAGUUUAUUGAUAUUGAAACUGGUUACUCAUGCUGGUUGUAAAAUGUUAUUACUUGGUUGUGCAAAAAAUUUUACAUCAAAACGGGCUUCACGUUUUACAUCACAAUGAUGACGGCAUUAUUUAGUUAAGGUUGAACACAAAAAAAUAUAUAAAAGCAUCAUAAGCUUAUGUAUCAUUAGAUAUAAUUUUACGUAUGAAUAUAUAGUAAUCUUAA